GCUAUUUAUAGAACCUGGCUGGCUGGCACUACGACAACAUACAACAAAGCGGAGUCGCUGCAUCGCCGGAUGAUCGACGAUCAGUUGCAAUCACACCAUGGCCUCGUUUGGAGUUCGGGGAAUGGGCCAGCCGCUGGGCAUCCGGAUCUGCUGUUGUCGCGUCUGCACCUGCAUCAAUUUCGGGUUCGUUCUGUCGCGGAUCGGUCUCCUGAAGCUGAUGCAGCUGGGCCUGGCCAUGCUCUGCGAGGGACUGCUCAUCCGCUACGGCGUGCCAUACGCCGAUUCCAUUGGCCAGGCGCUAACCAGCUUCCUGGCCACCACGGGCCACUGCUUCACCACCACUGGCAUCCUGCUCCUGUGCUACGCCUUCUCCGACAAAUCCUACAACCUCAUCCGGCAGUCACUAUUCGUAGGAGACCUUGUUCAAUGGCCUCGCCAGCUGCAUGUACUUCAGCUCAUCCAGUUACAUGGGUUUCGCCUGCGUGGUGUGGCUGCAUCCGCAGUUCCUGGUGCGACCCGGAUUCUGGGCAUAUCCCGCCAUGACGGCCUGCUAUUACAUGGGCUAUGCAGCGGGAAUAUUGCAUGCCCUGGAUGCCUACUUGGCGUUCCGGCACUUUCGAGGCGCACGCUAAUCCCGGCCAGACAAAAGCAGUAUCUUAAGUACUCUGUGGACAUAUUUAUAUGAGUUUUAGGUUUAAGGCACCUUACUUCCGUUGGUCUCGAACAUUCGCGGUAAACGCGCUUAGUCGUAUGUUUAUAAAUAAUAACAUUUAAAA